CUCGAACGUCACGGAGUGAAGCGCGUUGACUUUCGCUUGGCGAGCCAGGAGGAGGGCCUCUACUACACCGAACUGGACACCGCCAUGCGCGAUAUCCUGCUGCAAGUGCGGAACUUGUCGCAGCAGUCGGUGCUCACACAAUUCGAUUGGAUACGGGCGAGAAACGUUGAAGCCGGUCGCAUGCAGCUGCCGGUGCUGCAGAGCGCACGAUUCCCCUGUGAUCUGAGCGCGGGUCGAUCGCCGGCGAUACCCAACGAUGUGAGGCAACUGCGUCCCGGCGACAUUGAUAUUGUGGCCACGUGUGGCGACUCCUCCAACUCGGGCACGGGCAUUCUGGGCCUGGGCGAGCUCGAUGCGUACGUGGAGUAUCGUGGCUAUGCCUAUACGGGCGGCGGCUUCGAGACGUGGCGCACGGCUCUGACGCUGCCCAACAUACUGAAGCUCUAUAAUCCGGGGCUGUACGGCUAUGCGGCGGGCCAUAGCCUGGGCGCCGAUGUGAAUGUGUCGCGGUUCAAUCUGGCUGAGCCGAUGCUGAACAUUCAGGAUCUGCCAUUUCAGGCGCAUGUGCUGGUCGAACGUUUCCGCCGAGAUCCCAGGGUCAACUUGCGGGAGCACUGGAAGCUGCUCAGCAUUCAGGUGGGCGCAAAUGAUCUCUGCUCGGAGCUGUGCCACGCACCUAGUCCGGAGCACUUCCUUCGGGUCGUCGCACGCCAGUUGCACGAGACGUUCCGCAUACUCAAGGAGCAUGUGCCGCGAUUGCUCAUCAAUUUUAUCGUACAUCCGGACAUCGAUGAGCUGUUGAGUCUGCUCGCUCGAAUUCCGCCCAAGUGUGCUCAGCGUAUGCCCUAUUUCUGCUCCUGCUACAACAGCUACAAUAACAGGACAUUGUACGAUGCUGCGAAACGUUUUCUGCACCUUCAGCUCUCCAUUGCCGCCCUGCCCGAGUUCCGUAGCGCCGACUUUGCCAUUGUGACCCAUGGCAUACUGAGGAACAUCAGCAGCUUGUGGUCUGAGCAGCGCUUCAUGGAUAGGCAUUUCUUUGCCAACGAUUGCAUCCACUACAGUCAGCUGGGCCAUGCUGUGCUGGCCAAGCAAUUGUGGAAUAAUAUGGUGGGGCAAGCGGACCUGACCUCGGUGGAGGAGUGGCGCAAGCCCUUCAAGCAUUUUCAGUGCCCCACUCUAAGCAGUCCUUAUUUGAGAACUGAAAGUGAUGUAUUCUAG